AUGGGAAGCGAGGCAGAGCAGCAGGCGGACGCGGACGGCUACGAGAAGAAGCUGCUGGUCCGCUACAUCCUCAGCGGCAGCUACUUUGACGCCUCCAAGCGACUUUUGCCAACCGAGAUGUUCCAGGAGAUGCACAAGGAGGAGUACUCCGGAAUCUCUGCCGAUGAUGAGGCCAGCGGCGCCAAAAAAGAGGCUGAGCACAAUGACGUGAUUGCCAGUGGGGCAAAGGCAGAUGAGGCCAUGUGCAUGUGCCUGGCUUUCGUGCAGGACUCAGGCUCGGCGGAGCAAGACGAACAUCCCCUCGGAGGCGAAGGAGCUGAAGAAGACGAGUACUCGAACGAGCGUUCGUCACACCGCUCCAUGGCUGAGUAUCACAAUGACGUGAUGGGAAGCGAGGCACAGGCAGAUGAGGAACGCGGCAAAGCCGAGGCAGCCGAGAACGAGAAGAAACUGCUGGUCCGCCACAUCCUCCGCGGCAGCUACUGUGACGCCUCCAAACGACUCUUGCGAACCGAGAUGUUACAGGAGAUGCACAAGGACGGGAGGAGGAAGUUGGGUUACAGAAUCAUGAUAGAAAAAGUUGUGCUGGUAAGAGCUACUUAG